GGAGCACGGAGUUCUCGAUUAUUUAGUCUGUAGUAAAACAAAAUAAAUUGUUAAGUGCGCGGAUCGGCCGUGUGUCAGGAUUUUUAAUUUAUUUACCGAAUUAUUGUGUUUCGUCUAUUGUUUCGUAUAAUUUUUAGUUCUAUAACUCAAGUUGAAUGGAACUUUUAGCUAAACCCGCUUAUUAUAAUGAAUCUCGACUUUGAACACUACUUACAGUAAAGUGGAAGUAAACAUUCGCAGUAAUUUCCAUGGUAAAACAUCGUUAUCAACAUAGUUUGAUGCCAGUACCUUGACAAUAAUCGCACAAGCGAUAUCAAUUAUACAAGACUGAUUUUAAGUAGACAUUCCUAUAUGAUGCAAUAGACAAGAUGUUCAAGCUCUUGGGAGGACUUAGCGUGUACUUCAGGUAUCAGCCUGUUAAGACUGACAAUGCCGUGUUCAGGCUGCACAAUGUUUUCACGACUGUGCUGUUGCUGACAUGCUCUAUGAUAAUCACGGCGACGCAGUAUGUGGGACAGCCGAUACACUGUAUAACGGGGCCAGGGCUGCCGAACCAUGUUGUCAACACGUUCUGUUGGAUCACGUCAACGUUUACGAUGCCCGAUGCGUUUGCUCGAGAGGUGGGAAAGGAGGUGGCACACCCGGGUGUAUUGAAUGAAUAUGACAGCUCGCAAGACAAGAAGUACUAUACCUACUACCAGUGGGUUUGCUUCGUGCUGUUCUUCCAGGCGAUAAUGUGUUACACACCCAAGUACCUGUGGGAUGCCUUCGAAGGAGGCCUUUUGCGCACUAUUAUUAUGGGCCUCAAUAUAGGAGUCUGCCACGUGGAAGAGAAAGACAAGAAGAAGGACGUCAUUAUUGGCUACCUCAUCAGGCACGAAAGGAGGCACAAACUUUAUGCAUUCCGGUACUGGGGAUGUGAGCUCCUCUGCCUGGUGAACAUCAUCUUACAACUGUGGAUGAUGGAUAACUUCUUCAAUGGAGAGUUUCUUUCAUAUGGUACCAGGGUGCUGGGGUAUAGUGACGUGCCGCAGGAAGAAAGAUACGACCCGAUGAUAUACGUGUUCCCUCGCGUAACAAAAUGUACAUUUCACAAGUAUGGUGCGUCAGGCUCCAUACAAACCCAUGACAGCCUCUGCAUACUGCCGCUGAACAUAGUUAAUGAGAAGACCUACAUAUUUCUGUGGUUCUGGUAUAUUAUACUCGCGGUGAUAUUGACUCUACUUGUUAUUUACAGGCUAGUAAUACUCUUCGUGCCAUCAAUCCGACCGCGCCUAUUACACGCACGCGCUCGUACAAUUCCUAUGGAAUCAGCGGUUUUCAUAUCACGAAGGACCGAUGUUGGUGAUUGGUGGCUGCUUUAUAUGUUGGCCAGGAAUAUGGAUCCCUUGAUAUACAGGGAACUGAUAGCGGAGCUUGUAAAACGUAUGGGAGAGAAGAGUGGACCGCGAGCGUGACGUCAGCCGCAAACAAUUGCCGUGCUCAGUGUAUGACAUCGUGAUAUCUAUAUAUAUAGUUUAUUGGAUCUUCGAUUGGCCACUUUUGGCCAUACAUAACUUGGCCAAAACCGGCCUCACUUGAUUUCGACUACACCAUUCAGCCUAUAUUUGGCAAUUACACUGUUAAGGGCGCGGAAAGGUUAAUAAGCCCUACUUGACAUGGAUAAAUCUAUUCGAACCCAACUUGCCAUGAGUUGGCAUCAGUUGGUCAAUUCCAUUUAGCUGUUUUUACAACUUGACUUGGCGUAGAUUAUUAUAAUUUUUUAAUUUUAUUAAUCCAAGUUUAUUAAAUCAAUAUCACAGUUAUAGAAAGUUUACACGUGAUAAACGUAUACGUUCUCAAUCGUGUAUAUCGAACACGGACUCAGUUUGCCGCUCAAAUUAUCUGUAUUAACUGUAAAUUAAAACGUUCCUAGCGUUUGAUUUUUAAUUAUUUGAUUUGAUUUUUUUAUUAAACUGAACCAGUGAAGUAUUCUGUGAAUUCUUUAUUAAUUUUUUGCAACAUCAAAAACUAUUCAAACGAUGAGAAGUAGUGUUUGUGAAUCUCAUGAAGUUAGUUCUAUUUGCUCAAUAUUUUCUGAAUGCUGAAGAAACAUCAUAAGGGAAUCUGUUAUAAUAUUCUAUACAAACGCCUACUUGUUUAUUAAGAUCAAUAGUUGUAGAGAUGUUAAUAAUUUAAGGGGUUGUAACUCCACUAUAAAUGGUAUGUAAAUUCGGUUUACGGACGAUAAUUAAACGUGACUACGUCAAAUGAUUGCAUACUUGUCUUCAAGUGAAAGAGAAAUAGAUACCCCAAAAGCGUACAAUGAGCGUAACUGGACAAUGUACGUAACGGGACAAUGAGCGUAACUGGACAAUGAUUUAUGCCUUUUCGUGUGCUCAACCGGCGUUCAUCGAUUUAUUAGACGUUGUCACGUCAAAAAUACUUAUUCAAAAUCUAUUAAUUUCUACGCCAAGUUGGGUUUCAACAUUCGUGACGUCUUCGAAUUUAUUUGUGCUCAAAUAUCAUGUAGCAUUAAGCACCGAUAAAACCAAUCGUAAUAUCAACGAAUUGUAACAUUUGUAGAGCAAAAUGUAAGCUUAUUUUUAUGUUACGUUAGAUUGAUGUGUCGUUGUUAUUACGAAUGGUUAUUUUUAAUUCGCUCCUAAAACGAGGUGAAAAUAGGUUCACCGAGUUUAAGAUCUUGAUUUUGAAAUCUCACAAUGUAUGCCUAAAAUCGCUACAUAACGGAUUCUUCGUUCUCUAAGCUAAAAUUCCGUUAUGCCGUUGGUUCUUGACUGUUUAAUCUCAAUUUCCAUGACUGUUUGACUUGAAGUAAAACCCGCUUAUAUCCCAAAAUCCAAGCGUUACUAAUCUUUUGGGUUUUAGAAACGCAAUAUGUUUGUAUUUGUAGUUCAGUCAGUUUUGACAGCUCGAUCUUUCAAUAAUUAAGUUUCUGACGCGUUUUUUAAUCCAAUGGUAUAAUAUUGCAUGUUUAUUUCUGUAGAGAAAUCAAAAGUAGUUUGCAGACCAAUUCCAUUUUACUCAGUCAAAAUGGCGUCUUUAACGGAAACGAUUAAUCGGGUUUUAGUUUAUUCGUAUAUCUUUUGAGUAAUGAAAUAAAAAUCUCAUCUUUAAGUGACUGAUUUGUACCCUAUACAAGGUAUUUGGUUGUAUUAAUAUUUCAAUUAAAUAUAACUUAUUUAAUGGAUUUAAAUGUACAUUACAAAUUGACUUUAAAUAAUUCCAUAAAAAUUGCACUUACUGAAAUAUCUUUUCUCUCUUUCAAACACAAUGUGUACGCGGUGUUGAAAAGAGACAAAUGAAUACUUUAGUUGAAGUGCAGUUGGACUAUGCCCUACGUAUAACUGGGUUAAUCUUUCAUUGUAAAGGGACCUGAUUUUGUGAUUGUCUGGUAUAUAAUAUACUCCGAAAAUUUUCAUUUAAUUCAGAGUGCCAAAUGCGAUAACAAUUUUUUAUAAGUGUCUGUGGUUGUGUAAGUUGCUACGCAUAUCAAAUGCUUGAAUUAAGUUUUAAAUGUUUUAUAUAUUUUUAUUUAGGUAAAUAGAGUAUAGUAGUUGUUCAUUAAGAAUUAACAGUGAGAACAUUUAUUUUAUUAGAAAACAAAUAACAGGUCACCAAACUACAUGUAUUUAAACGUAGUUUUAUAUAUAAGCAAACAUAUACGAGAUACAUUUAUAUUUCAAAUCUAAAGGUUUAAUUUUAGAGACGGAAAUAUUAUCGAAUAUAUAUUGAAAAAAGCGCCAUCUUUUGUGAACUACCGUAAACUUAUAACAAUCAAGGAAUUAAAAUCACAAUUUUGAAUUUAAAAAAAAAUACCUUCCGAGUACAUGUUUUAUAAGUUAUAAAUCGUAAAAAAUAUAGAGGUGCUUAAGUUAUCUAUCAAAGUAAUUAACUCUAAUUCCGAUAGAUGGCGCUCUACAGGUUUUUUAAACUCUUGAGUUGCCUUUGAAAAAUCUUCAUAGUUUCAUUAUAAAUUUCUAUUCAACACUCUUGUAUAUACAGCUUUUUGGAUACUUCUACCCUCAGUUUUACCGGAUUAAUUCGCGAGUUGCGUAAUUUAAAACGUAACAAUGUUUUGCUAAUGCAAGACUGAUAAAUGUUUUGUUGGCUUACAAUAAGACAAAAUAUACGCACUCAUCCAAUGCUGUUUCCAUUUUAAAAUAUUAAAGUAUAUAUUAGCACGCAAUAUUUAAAAGAUAAUUAAAAGUAUCAGGUCCUUUGCGUGCCUUUGAAUUGUUUUGAAACGGAAUAACCACGAAAUUGGCCCUAAAAGACUGUGUUCAUUAUGUGUUUUGAUGUAUUUACAAAAUACAAGGAGACUGAUGUCUGUUAAUUCGUAGCGAGGUAGCGAAAUUAACAUUUAAUAUUAUAACUAUGCGUAUUGAUAAUUCGAUAUUUCAUACAUUCGUUUUAUUUUU